AUGUAUCGAGUACUCACAGCCCUUUCUUUCGCUAGCGCCGUGGUUGGCCAACAAAUCGGUACCAACACCGCUGAGAAGCACCCUUCAAUGCCUAUUCAGUCAUGCUCAGCCUCUGGAUGCACAACUGAGCAGACUUCUGUCGUCCUUGACGCGAAUUGGCGAUGGACUCAUGUGACAGACGGCUAUACCAACUGCUACACAGGAAACAAGUGGAACGCAACGGCUUGCCCCGAUGGAAAGACAUGUGCUCAGAACUGUGCUAUUGACGGUGCUGAUUAUUCUGGCACGUACGGAGUUUCUACCCCUUCUUCAGGAGCAUUGAAGCUGCAGUUCGUGACUAAGAACACGGACGGUACAAAUGUCGGCUCUCGUCUGUAUCUCAUGGCCAGUGACGAGAAGUACAGAAUGUUCAAUCUCUUGAACAAGGAGUUCACCUUCGAUGUUGAUGUUAGCAACCUACCUUGCGGACUCAAUGGUGCUGUAUACUUCUCCGAGAUGGACGAGGACGGUGGCCUGUCAAAGUUCGACACGAACAAAGCUGGAGCCAAGUAUGGCACUGGAUAUUGCGACUCUCAGUGUCCUCAGGAUAUCAAGUUCAUCAAUGGAGAGGCUAAUGUUGAGGGAUGGUCGGGAGCUGAUAGUGAUCCGAAUUCUGGGUCUGGCGGAUUCGGCUCUUGCUGCGCUGAGAUGGACAUCUGGGAGGCUAAUCUAGAUGCCACCGCAUAUACUCCUCAUCCUUGCAAGGUGAAUGAGCAAACUCGCUGUGAGAGCGAAGCAGACUGCGGAUCCGGUGAUAAUAGGUACGGGGGAAUGUGUGAUAAGGAUGGCUGCGACUUCAACAGCUACCGUAUGGGUGUACAGGACUUCUACGGAACGGGCAUGACAGUUGAUACUAGCAAGGCUUUCACCAUCGUCACUCAGUUCGUCACCGACGAUGGUACUGAUGCUGGAAAUCUGAAGCAAAUCAACAGGUUCUACGUGCAGGGCGGAAAGGUCAUUCCUAAUUCUGAGGUUACGGUGGAGGGUAUCGACCCAGUAAACCAUAUCAGUGAGGACUUCUGCGACCAGCAGAAGACCACAUUUGGGGACAACAAUUAUUUCAAGGCCGUCGGCGGUCUUUCGGGCAUGGGCAAGUCUUUGACGAAGAUGGUUCUCGUCCUGAGCGUCUGGGACGAUCAUGCCGUCUCGAUGAACUGGCUGGACAGCACGUUCCCUGUCGAUUCCGACAAGAGCAAGCCCGGUGUGGCCCGUGGUCGCUGUGACCCUGAGGCUGGUGACCCGGCAACGGUUGAGAAAGCCCAUCCUGAUGCUUCUGUCGUCUACUCAAACAUUAAGAUUGGCUCGCUCAACUCGACGUUCACUGCUACAUGA